AUGUCACAAUCUGAAGAGAAAAAUCGAUCAAGUCGAACAAUAUUUGCAUCGUUGGCAGCUGGUGCAUGUGCUGGUGCUAUAGCCAAAACUACCAUUGCACCGCUUGAUCGAACAAAGAUUAAUUUUCAAAGUAGCUUCUCAUUUUGUUUCUGUGGCAUUCAUAUCCAAAUUUCUGGGAAUGCUCACUAUUCAAUGAAAUCAGCUCUUAAUUUUAUCAAAAAUACAUACAAAACAACUGGUUUGAUUUCACUGUGGCGUGGUAAUUCCGCGAUGAUGGUGCGCAUUGUACCAUAUGCGGUAAUUCAAUUUGGAGCGCAUGAAGAAAUCAAACACAUACUGAAGGUUGAUAAGGAUGGGAGAAGAACUCCGAUGAAGCGUUACAUCGCGGGAUCCUUAGCAGGAGUAGUUGCAACAACAUGUACAUAUCCACUGGAUACAGCCAAAGCACGUUUAGCUACAUCAACUGUCGAUGAAUAUAGUUCCUUACUAAAUGUUUUCGUCAAAGAUUACCAAAGAUAUGGUGUCAGAACAUUCUACAGCGGUUUAAUUCCAGCCUUGUUAGGAGCCAUACCCUACGCGGGCGCAAGCUUCUUCAUUUUUGAAACACUUAAAUUAGUUUAUUUCGAGAAAACGAACAGAGAAGUUCCAUCCGUAUAUCGUUUUCUUUUCGGUGGUUUUGCUGGUUUAGUUGGUCAAUCCUCAUCCUACCCGUUUGAUAUUGUUCGACGUCGCAUGCAAACGCUACGUAUUCCUAUUGGAGAUAAUGUUUUUUAUAGUCUAUAUAUUAUCGGGAAGACCGAAGGUAUCAAAAAUGGUCUUUAUAAAGGUCUCAGUUUGAAUUGGAUCAAAGGUCCGAUUGCGGUUGGUAUUAGUUUUACGGUAUAUGACACUGUUUAUAUGCGCAUCAAUCAGCUAUUGAAAAUUGAAAAACUUUGA